UUAGACGGUCGUGGUUUCGGUGCGCCGGAAUAAGCGACGUUCGCGCUGUGGCAAUUUGGCUGCUGGAGGCUUUUUCGUUCUCGAACGAAGAGUUGUUAGAGUGGCUUAGCUCGUCUGGCGCGCGCGCCACCAGCGUGUUGUGUCGCAGGCAAGUGCCGAACGACCAAAAGCAGUACAAGUGCCGUUCAACGCCACGGACAAAAGAGGGCAACGGGCAACUUGUGCUAGCUGAUAACAGACGACGACGACGACGACGACGACGACGGCCCGAUCACGAAUACACGCAUACCUACAAAAAAAUCGUGCUAAUACGUGCGAGAUUUGACCGUAGUGAAUUGCCCGGUGUGCGGAAAUCUGUACAAGUGUCCUCUCGAAAAGAAAACGAAAAAAAGAGCGAGGCCAUAGGAGCUACAUCAUCCGCCUGGUCGGUUAUCUUUCGAUGUGCCACGAUCAGCGGUGGAACGUGUUCCAGUGGCAGCGCAGUGUGGCAGAGCAGCAGUUUUUCGUGCGGGUGGUUAGUUCACGCCGGCGAUAGAUAAUACCGAGGGCACACAUCGCUUCGAUAACGACGAGAAGCUAGCACACAAAAUGGAUGUCGUCUACACGUCGGACAGCUGCGAUAGCGAUUCGCGCGAGCAGAAAACCGUCGAUUUGGGCCACUCGAACAAGCGGCAUCUCGAUGACGAUCUGUUGCGUGUCUCUAAAUCGAAGAAGCUGGCGGAGGAUAUUGAAACGGUGCUGCUGAACCACAACAAGCUGAUAAGGGUGCCGCUGUCCCUCAACGACUUUACCAAUCUUAAGGUGCUGGAUCUGAGCAACAAUCGCCUCGAGGAGUUGCCGGAGGUUAUCACGCAAUGCCAGCUGACGACGCUGAUCGUUAAGAACAACCUGUUGACGGAUAAAUCGCUGCCCAAAUCAUUGCUCGGCGCUGCCGGGCAUGGUCUGAAGGAGCUCAAUCUGAGCGGCAACCGUUUCGCGCACUUUCCCGAACAGGUGAUCGAGCUGCGAUCGCUCAAGUAUCUCUACCUGGGCGGCAAUCAGAUCACCAACGUUUCGAAGGACAUCUGGAAGCUGCAGAACCUACAGCUCCUGUCACUGGGUGGAAACCUCAUUACCGAAAUUCCGGAGACCGUUGGGCUGCUCAACCACCUGCACGCGCUCGUCCUCUGUGAUAAUCUGCUCGAGGCGCUUCCUGCGUCCAUAGCCCGUUUGGUCAAUCUGAAGUCGCUGUUGCUGCACAAAAAUCGUCUAAGACAUCUGCCACGGGAGAUUAUAACGUUGCGAAACCUAACUGAGUUGAGUUUGCGUGAUAACCCAUUGGUUGUGCGCUUCGUUAAGGAUAUGACCUUGAAUCCACCAAGUUUGCUAGAGCUCGCCGGACGAACUGUGAAAACCUGUGCCAUUCGCUACGCAGCGGAAGAUCUACCUCGGACCUUGAUCGAGUACCUUCAGACGGCCAACUGCUGUGUGAACCCCAAUUGCAAAGGAGUAUUUUUCGACAAUCGUGUAGAGCAUAUCAAGUUUGUAGAUUUCUGUGGCAAAUACCGUAUUCCUUUGUUGCAGUAUUUAUGCUCCUCAAAAUGCGUUGCAGAUACCAGCUCGUCGGAUCCGGGCAGCGAGCCAAACAGUAGCAUGAUGCGUAAGGUGCUACUCGGUUAGUUGGAGGAUGUGUUUCUUUGUUAAUGGUACAAAUUGUUAGAGCUUAUCGCCAAAACGCGCCAUAAAACGGGUUGACAGUCAUAGCACAACAUCCAUCCUUGAAGCUGCGUUUCACAUGCCCACGCCAGAAAAGGAACGGUCGAUUGUUGCCCCCCCCCCUCCCCUAUACCUAAAGUGCUACUCUAGUUCAACUGGCUACACUUUCUAGAAGAGAAUAUCAAAGCAAGGUUAUGAUUGUAAAUUGCAUGACAGAAUGUGCACAUUGCGAUACAAAAGAGGUGGAUGGAUAUCGUCAACCGUUAGAGUGUGUGUGGCAAGAAAGGACAGGAUGGGUCACCGCAAUAGUAGCAGCUGUAACAGCAUUCUCUUAUCGCAAAGCAGACGACCGCGACACCUCUUGGAAGGAUUAUGUGAUUUGCUCCAAGAGCAGCUAGAUGGGAAGCACUAAUAUUUACAAUAUAUACAUCAUAUACACAAAAGAA